AGCCUUGGAGCCUUGGAGCCUUGGUUGGAGCUUGGAGCCUUGGAGCCUUGGGACCUUCGUCCUUUGUUCCCUUCUCGUCGUCGUCGUCGAGCCUGAUGUAACCGCCCAUCACAACAAUCCAAGUUGCGUCUUUCCAUAAUUCAAUAGUCCCUGCCGAGCAGGACUGCCAUUCAUUUAAAAACCCACAUUUGCUACUUCAGCAAUAACUGUCCCUCAUUUCGAGUCCUGACCCCGAAGUCCUUCAUUCCAAGUCACUCUUUUCAACGGUCCAGCACUGCCAGUUCAUCGACUUUUGAGUUCCGUUUUUGUCGAUUGUUUUCAUUCUACCACGACGUCUAUGAUAGCAGCAUCAGUCAAUACAGCAUAGAAACAGCGUCCAUCCCGGCUGACGAAAUCAUCGCAUCUAAAGUCAUACAUUGCGACAGUCUACCCACAAGCUCACUCUCCGCAACUCGACCCCAACAAAUAAAUUCACAUCAACCUUCAUUACCGGAAGCCUUCACUUACACGGGAGGCUUCACGGCAGGACCGACAACACAAAUCCACCAUGGAUACCCGCCUUGCAGCUGAAGAUAUCCACUCCUUUCCUCUAGAGAAGAAGGCCGCUGAGGAGCCGCACCUCAAUGACAUCCACUGGCCGCUCACGAUGGGCGGUGCUCCGACUUUGAUUAAAUCAUACACCCAGCCAACUCCCUCUCUUCUCCUCCCCCGCUCCCCGCUAGGUGAUACCACUUCAUCGGGUACUUCUUCGUCCGGCGAUAGUACUACGUCGAGUGCCUCUGCGGCAUCUACAACAGCCGAGUGCGGACCUAAGGACACUUCCUCGAAGUGUGAGAAGCCGCAAUCCGCGUCAUCUUCGACUAUUGCCAUCAUUGUCGGUGUGACUGUCCCUGUUGUGAUCAUUAUCAUCGCUUUAAUCUACCUGCACCGCAGACACAUCCGCAAGACGAGAGAGGAGGAUGCCAACGAUAAGCACAAGUCUCUUGACUUCGGCCUCGGAAUGCCACCUCACCCUGGAGCAAGGAAGGGCAAGAAGCUCCCUAAUGGUCUGUCCGACUAUGAUAUGAGCGAGAAGCCUGGCCACCGAGGCCAGUUGUCCUUGGACAUCAUCAACAGCCCUUAUCUUCUCCCGCCAGGACUGAAUAACUCAACCGAGUCCCUGCAUUCUCUGUCGAGGUCGAUCCACAACAAGGAGGACCCUUACCGCCCGGUGAACGAACUCCAAAAUGACAAUGCUUCUAUGCGCAGCGGAUUCGGAGCACCAAGACGUGGAGAUGGCUCGUCUACCUAUACUGGGCACACUGGCCACAGUGGAAAGUCAACUACUGCCUUCGGCUUGGUCCGAAAUGCCAGCCAGAUGGGUAGCACUGAUGGGCAAGGCAACAACGAGUUUUUACCACCUCCUCGCCAAGCCUCAUUGGCAAAGAACGCUCUGCCUGAGAACGGACCCGCACAUAUCGAACCUGCAUACUUCCCCAAGAACUCGUCACUGGACGGAGGUGUCCAGAGAAAGGGACUGCCAUCGAGCCCCAGGGACUCUGACUCUUCAAAGGACGGUGAACGUAAUACUUCGAGCUUCAGACUGAGCAAUAACUACCUUGGUGCAAUCGUCAAUGGAGGAGGUCGCAUGGAGACCCCUCCGCCAUCUGCUCCCGCUAAAGACAACGAGAGAUCUCCCUUCUCUGAUUCCGCUGCUCUUGACAUGCCAACGGGCCCAACCUCUCUGGAUGACGACCGCGAUUCCCAGAAGAACUCACCACCACAAUUUGCAAACUCAUUACCAGCAAACCCUCGCCCACCGAGGUUGCAGUCAUCGCCCCAAGACAAACCGGCCCUCCCAGAGAUCCCGCAAAUUACACACGACCAAAACUGGCUACAAGACGACUACGGAAACGACGGCUUCGUAGUCACCCCCCCAUCCCCCACCCAAGACGCCGCCAUGAAGCGUGCCAGCCGCUACUCCAUGGACGUCCCCCCGGAGCAAUACGCCAACGCCGGUCUCGGCGCCCCCGGCGUGGACCCGCGCCGCAUCUCCAUGGGCUUCCGCCCCCUCCCCCCCACCCUGGCAGUCGAGUCCGACGACCCCGAAGUGCGCGCAAACCGCAUCCGCUCCUUCUACAAAGAAUACUUUGACGACUCCAAGCCCGCGCCCGCUGGGGAGUACUACGAAGACUACGACGACGGGGCGUACUACGACCCCCGUGCUGACGCCUACGAAGCGCCCAUCCCGCAGCCAUACGCGCAGCCCAUGGCUCGUCGCGCUUUCACACCGCCACCUGGCGCUCAGAGGUUCAUGGGCCAGGCACCACCGCGCGGCUCGCAGGGCUCGGGCUUCAACAACAACUACGGCCCUGGACCCGGCGGGCCACCGCGCGCGUUCCACGGCUCAAUGAGCGGCCGCUCUAUGACCCAGUGGCGCGGCCCCGCACCCGGUUUCCAAGAACCCCGCCCCUUCUCGUCGGCCUCUAACCGUCGCCCUAAUACCGCGCAGCAGAAGCGCCCCAUGGCACCGCUUGCGGAUCUGAAUACCAUCCCCACCCCCGCGCUCCUGAAGGAUGACUCCUUCGCCAUCAUGAACGCGGCUGAUUUCGUCGCGCCUACGAGCUACAAAGAGCGUGCCAAGGGCCGCUCUCAGAGCCCUAUGGGAGAGAGGAGACCGUAUAGCCCUGCUGUUCCGGUUCACAGGCCGCUUGUGAGCGCGUUUGAUGAGUUAGCUGUUAUUCCUAGCCCGCACUCCCUCAGGAACUCGGGGACGUUUACGUCUCUUGAUUUCGCGCCGCCGAAGAGGGUGUUCCGUGAUCAGGAUACGAUGAGUGAUGCGGGCAGUAUUAGGAGUAAUCGCAGUGGGGUGUCGGCGAUACAGUUGCAGGCUAUUCGCAAUGGUGCGCAUCGUGUAAGUCGUUUACCUGGCGACUCAGUCAGCACAAAGGAUGAUAUGAUUGCGGCGCUGAAGCCGACUUGGGGGUUGAGGAAUGGGGAGUAAUCUCCAUUCUCUUUCUCCACUCGUUGGGAGCGUCGGGCUUAGGGUUGCAUAGAGGGGGUAAUUUGUAUAGACGGAACGGGAUGGCACGAAUGGAUGGGCUUUGUUUGCUCUUCUUGAUGACGAUGGUCUGUGUGGAGGGAUAUAAAAGGCAGCAUCUGUUUUUGUAUAUGAAAGCAUGACUCACCACUACGCACCCGAUCGUUUUUCUAGGGAGGUGGAGGAAGGAGUACUGUAAUUAUGGCUAUGGGCCGGCAUAUUUUUGUUUCUUAUUUUAUUUUAUUCAUUCACU